AUGAAUCAGCCAUCAACCAAGAGUAGUCAAGCUGAGAGUGGUAGAGGCUCUGAGAAGUCAAAAAGACCUGCCCCUACUAUAGGAUCAAGUCAAUACACUAAAAAGAUCUAGAUUUAGUUGACAGAUCAAUAAAUGCGCAAGAGUACUUCACUUACAGUGCAUUCAGGAGGUGAAUUUGUAGAUAUGGGAUACCACUGGUUAGGAGAGAUUUCGCUCGCUUACCCCCAUGUACUUUCGAGAUGCGUUGCAUGCUAUAUUAAUGAUAGAUCUGACUAUACCUUUAGAUGGAGACAGUCUUAGAGAUUGGAUGCAUAUGCUGAGGACAUAUGGACCAGCAGAAUUGUUGAUUUGGAUUGUUGCAAUGAUGACAUCUCUCUAAUUCUUAGAAAAGAAUAAGUCUAGAAGGAGUUGAAGAAAUAUAAAAACUAAUUUAAAUAUAUAGAAGUAAGUGCCUAAGAUGGUACGAAUGUUAACAAACUCUUUAUGGACAUAGCUCAAGAAAUUAUUGAAAAUAGCAGUAAUGAAGAGAGAAGAGUGAGUUUUUAGCUUAAAAAUUCUAUUAACACUAGCAACAGAAAUACAAGCAGAACACUAAGCAACUCUCGAGAAUGCAAAUGCUGA